GGCCGGAAGCGAGCGGAGCUGAGCGGGGAGGGCGGCGGGUGGGGGGGCAGGCGGCCGGCCGGUGUCGCCUCUGCCGGGCGCGGAGCAUCAGGACGGCUGCCUCACCCCCCUCCUCCCCGAGCCAGCCAUGGAUUUCCACAAUAUUCUCAUGAUGGCCUCGGAGCAGCAAGGGUUGAACGCGGUGCCGAAAAGGUACAGUUUGGCUGUUGGUCCUCCCAAAAAGGUUCCAAAAGUCAAGGGUGUAGAGUCUGCAGCAGUGCAAGCAUUUCUCAGACGGCAAGAAGAAGAAAAAAGAAAAAAAGCACUGGAAGAAAGAAGAAAGAAAGAACAACUCUUGGCUAGACGUAUUGAACUGAAACAUGACAGAAAGGCAAGAGCUAUGGCCUCACGAACAAAGGAUAAUUUUUAUGGCUAUAAUGGCAUUCCUGUUGAAGAGAAGCCUAAAAAGAAGAGGGCUUGUGAGAAUGUCACUCAGGCCCCAGAGGCUGAGUAUGCAACAGAAGAUGAAGCUGAGCAACACGAAUACAGUCAGACUGAAUCUGAGCAUGAGCAAGAGGAAUACGAAGAGAAACCAUCCAAAGUUGCAGUGAAACCAAAGGCACCUCCCAAAAGUGCACCAGCACCUCUGAACUUUGCAGAGCUCUUAAGGCUUGCUGAAAAAAAACAGUAUGAACCAGUGGAAAUAAAAACAGUGAAAAAGGUAGAAGAGAGACCCAGAACAGCAGAAGAAUUGAGAGAGAGAGAGUAUUUGGGACGCAAAAACAAGAGAAUAGAAAUGCAUAAGAAGAGUGAGAAGGAGAUUAAGAAUACAGGGAUAUCCAGUUCUUCCAAAAAAGUGACUUCUCAGAAAGAAUCUUUACAUGCAAAACUUAAAAGCUCAGUAGAUAAACAUUCCACACCAAAAGGCAGUCUGUCGUCUUCUAUGAGUGGUACUGAUAAGAAAUCCAAAGCACCAGCAUUGACUGAAAAACCCUCACGGUCAUUAUCUUCCUCCAGAUUUGGUCAAAUGGAAAAAAACUCACAAAAUGGCUCCUUAAAAAACUCUACCGGUAGCAGUCAUAGUAAAUUACCUGUCAAUAGUAUUGGAAAGUCUGGCUCAAGCUCUCAUGUGCCACCCUCAAAACCAGCGUCCAAUGGGGCUCAGAGGCUACCAUCUGCUAAAGAAUCCAGCCUGAAAAAGUCUGCCCCCACAAAAUCAGGAAAUGCUGCAGCCCUUCAGCGUGGAAUCAAUUCCAAUGCAAAACGGUCAGGCAGCAGCUUAGGAAAAGGAGGACCUGGACAUCCAGGUGGUGGUUCAAGUGCAGGACCUGGGCGAUUGAGUAAUUCUGGCAUGGGACCUGGAAGGCCAAGCAGCAGCUCAGCUGCAGGACCUGGAAGGCCAGGCAGCGGCUCAAGCCUGGGACCUGGGCAACUGGGUGGGGGCUCAGGCAUGGGACCUGGAAGGCCAGCUGGCAGCUCUAGCAUGGGACUUGGGCGACCAGGCAGCAGCUCUAGCAUGGGACUUGGGCGACCAGGCAGCAGCUUGGGCACUGGACCAGGAAGGCCAGCCAUCAGCACAAACACAGGACCUGGGCGACCAGGGAACAGCACAGGCACAGGACCAGGAAGGCCAGGAAUUGGCCCGAGCACUGGACCUGGGCGACCAGGCAGCAGCUUGGGAACAGGACCAGGAAGGCCAGGAAUUGGUCCAAGCACAGGAGCCAAGCGACCAGGCAGCAGCUUGGGACCAGGACCAGGAAGGCCAGGCAGCAGCCCAAGUGCAGGACCUGGGCGACCAGGCAGUGGCUUGGCCACAACUGUAAAACCGAAGUGUACUGUUGUAUCGGAAACUAUUUCUUCUAAAAACCUAGUCACGAGACCUAGCAAUGGACAGAUAAAUGGAAUGAGAUCUUUUCAAGGGCAUAGACCUGUAUUUCAUCCACAAGGUCUUGGAAGACCACCUAUUAGUUACAAGAGACAAAUAGAAGAUGAUGAUGAUGAUGAAUAUGACUCUGAAAUGGAAGACUUCAUUGAAGAUGAAGGGGAACCCCAAGAAGAAAUAUCAAAACAUAUUCGGGAAAUAUUUGGCUAUGACCGGAAAAGAUACAAAGAUGAAAGUGAUUAUGCCUUACGUUAUAUGGAGAGCAGCUGGAGAGAGCAACAGAAAGAAGAAGCUAGGAGCUUGAGACUCGGUGUUCAGGAGGACUUAGAAGAAUUGAGACGGGAAGAAGAAGAAUUGAAGCGCAAGAGACAGUCUAAGAAGCUGAGGACACGUUAACUGACUUAUGGUGUUGACUUUGUUCAUUUUUUCUGCUACCCUCUGCCUCCAUACAUCUCUUAUUCUACUUCAGUUUCCAUUUGCUUGUUAGAGGGCAAAAGAAUAUUUAAAGGGAUUAAAGUACUGAAAAGCAAGGCUUUAGUUUGACCUAAAUAAGAUAUUUAUUUUUAAUACUUGCCAGGGUUGGUUUUUUAUGAAGAAAUUAAUGCACUAAUGCAUAUUAAGUGGAAUAAAAUUAAUAGAUGUUUCCACUGAUUAAACCAGUUCAAGAUGCCAGCAGAAAUAUUGACUAGCUAUGCACUGACUUGGAACUGUGUGGGCCCAUAUACCAGUAAACUAAUUUUGCAUUCACUUGAAAGGAAUAGCAUUCUUGUUCCCUGAUAUUUCUUGAGACUUAGAGAAAUUGCUUUAUAUCCUACUCUGUCUCCCAACUUGAGCCUCAAAGUAUUGAAAUUGUCAUCUUCUGUACAGAAGCAGCUUGGGUGUAAAUUCAGCCGUUGCCACAGAUGUUCAAAGCAAUAAAGUGCUGCGUAUUUUCUGAUUUGAGGACCCAUAAAAAUAAUUUGAACCUCUUUAGUUUUAAACAGAAAAGUGCAUGUCAUUUGCAAAUUGUGCAGUUAUAGAUAUGGCCAAAAGAUUAUAUUGGCUUUUGCUGUGUCUGGAAUUCCAAUGCCAAUCUAACUCAGUAUGAUAAAUACACACCCUGACAACAGGAAUUUCUAGUGUUUGUAUGUAACUUGUGCUUUUGGGCUCAAGCUUAUGCUUGGGACUUCUUUUCCUGCCCUGUAAAUCUUCACAUUUGUUUAACAGCUUCUGCUGCUUUUACAAAUUGUGUACAGUGCACAUGUUUUUUCUUGCAUUAAAUGUGUUAAAUGAUUUAAAAUGUGAAGCAGUCAUUUAUCAAAUUAGGUUUACUAUUUAGAAAGCACAUCAGAAUUAAGUUUUGUUAGAAUGUAUUUGCAGCUCUUCAAUAUUAACAACUUCAUGUUAACUAGUUAAUACUUGUGACUAAAUUCAUCAAACCAAAAAUCUAAAAUGCAUAGCAGGAGAGUUAGUUCAGUUACUUACCUUAAUGCCCAUAUUUGCACAUUAUUUCUAACUAUGCACUUAAAGACUGUUUCUUUCAGUAACUGAAUUUGUUUACAAUCAGCACAGGGCUCAUGUAAGUCUACAAGAGUUGUACUGAGAGUCUGAAUCUCAAAUCUGGCAUUAUAUCUGCUUUGAUUUCCCCAGGUUGCCCUUCAAAGCUCACCAGUAUCACUACUUGGCUUUGCCUCAAGCUCCAGGACUCCAUUGAUAGUACCUCUGGCAUCAGCUGCUGAGGCUGUUAUGUUUUAAUGCUAGAAGUUCUUGAAAAAGUACAAAAAGGGGCCUUGGGUGCUUGUUGGGGGUGGGAAAAAAAAAGUAAAGGAAUAAAAAAGAACAAUCACCUUGUAAUAAAAUGACAAAGGAACCUUUCCUAUCAGGGAGCUGUUCUUAACAGUGCUGCUUCUAGAAGCAGUUCAGAUAGCAACCUGUAAGGAACAAUCUUGGAAGCUGCUGAAUUUUAAACAUCUGAAUCUUAAUGUAAGAAAAAACAGAUUUGCCUCUAAGAUGUUUUCUGUCAAUGGUGUACCAUUUCACUGCCUCGGUAAAACACUGACAUGAGUAAGCUAUUGGGAUAGAUUCUAUAAACUAAUUCAGUAUUAGCUGACAGGGAGCCCAGAUGAAGAUGCCAUCCUUGCUCCUGUGUAUUUUUAACUUUCUAUAUUAACUAACAAAAACUUUCUCAGUUUAUGCACUUGAGACCAUGCAAGAUAGUGUAACCUCACGGCUUCUCUAGAAGUGUCUUGUAUCCACUCUGCUUCAUUGGGACCAUCUAAAUUUUCUGUUGUAGUUCCUAGAAUUAUCCAUUCAAGAUAAUGAACACUGGGACCAUGAUCAAGUUACUGGCUUUUUUACUUUUUAAUUUUUUUCUAGCUGGAAAAAGGCUCUAGGUCUGUCAGCCCAGACAGCUAAAUCAGCUGUGAGCAACUUCCUGCCUGGUUGGGGAAAAAAGUCUCUUAUGAAGCAAAAGAAAUAUAUUAAUUCAGAAUUGGUUCAGUUGGGAAUUAAAUCUGCAUUUCAGAUAAAUAUAGGUUAAAUAAAACCUGAUUAUUUCACCCCUUUGUGAUUAUUUAACCAUGCAAGAUCAGUUAAAUUUCUUAAUCUGUAAAGCACUUUGUAAUUUCUCUUUUAGAUGGUGACUGGAAUGUACUCUGCUAGCCUCCCUAAGACACUGUAUAACUGUUUCUUCACACACUGAUCAUUGCUUAAAUUUUGUCUAUUUCAUAUGAAAAAUUAUUCAAAAAUACAUUUGUAAUUUUACAGUCCAGAAGUACUUUCUCAAAAUUGGCAUGGGCUGCUAAUGGUUUUCAAAUUUUGUACAAAUGUUUAGGUUUUAAUGUGUUUGCAUUUGCUGCAUAUUUGUAAAUUGACUAAGAAGGAGCUAAAUUAUUGUUCUUAAUUCCUCACCUUUAUAUCCAAAAACAUGUUUACUAUUUGCCAGAUUAAUCUAAUGAGUACUUUAGUACUUGUCCAAAGUGCAUCUGAAUUUGAGGUUAAGAAAAACUGUAAGAAUGCUUAUAUUGGUUUAUGAGGAUCUGAUGUUAAGCUAAUGAUUUAAUUGUAUUUAAUGAAAUUCUGGUUUGGUUUUUAGAUUUUUAAUUCACUGUUUGACAAUGUGCCUUUUUUGCUAAAUUGUGUCAAAAAAAUCAUGAAUGUAGGAGUAUAAAAAGGGUUGUUGGUUUCUUCUAUCUCAGAUUCUAUAUCCUUAAACUUGAUAGUGUGAAGUGACAUACUUUUCAUAAAACCCUUCCAGGUCUGGCUUUGAUUGCACAAUUACAGUAGCUACUUCUUUACUGGUAAUGCUAAAUCAAAUGAAGGGCACUUUCUAUUGAUGACUACUUUUUGAAAAUGUCUUGUAUUUACACUUGAGCUGUAUUUCACUUUACAGCGAUGUCUUUUGGAGGCCAGGGUUUUGCAUAUCACAGGAAGCCUUAGUGUGCAACUCUGUGCUGUGCUUUAAAAUAAAAAUCUUUCAAGAAGUAUAUGAGAUCUCUAUGAAAUCUGGAUUUAUUUUUGUGUAAAGCCCAAAAUAUUGUCCAGGAAAACUAAUUUUCUAUUUUUUUUGCAUUUUGUAACAUAAUCUAGUAGCUGAUGCAUAUUUCUAGAUAUAGCAUAUUUCUGGAGACCAAAACAUGUCAGAAAAUAAAUAUAUGGAGAGACUGGUGUUAAAAUUGUGAUGAAUGUACUUCUAUUUAUUUUGGUGAGUGGGUGUGAUGCAAUAUUAAGUGUUAGUGUGUAAAUAAGGGUGCUUGUAGUUUUAGCCAAUGGUGGUUUUUUUCCUUUGGGGAUAUCAUUUGUGCACAAUGUCUUUUUACACAAUGUGACAAAUCAGGUUAAAAACUCGUACAUAGCAUAACUGUUUUCUGGUGCUGUCAAGAAAGUGUAUACUUUUGCACACACCAAAUGCAUAUAAGUUUUGCAGAGUAUAUAUACAAUAAAUUACAGGCAUUAAACAUU